UUUGGUUCCAUUGAUAUGAGUGUCGUUUCCAGUCCUGUGUUAUAGUAUUUGCUGUAAUCAGUAUACAGUGUUAUCAUUGUUAUUUCUUAAUUAUCAAAGAUAUUUGCAGUUUCAGUUUCUUUUAAAUAUUUGAGCUUAAUGAUUUAUUAUUGUUGUUUUAGGAGUUAUUUUAAAAAUGUUAAUACCUCUGAUGUUUAUAUAUAAGUUAAAUCAUUUAGGCCACAACGAGGCUCGCGAGCCGCAUGCAGCUCUUGAAACUAAGCUUAGAGUAAAUUUUAAUUUCUUCAUUUUAGAAAUAUAUCUUAAUAAUGUGGUUCGCUUCGAAUUAGCUUUAUAAAUUUGCGACUCCCAAAAUUAAGAGCUUUGACGUUAAUCCGUUGCCCUAGUCCUGAUUCUUGAGGACUGAGGCCAGUGUCAGUGGGCGGAUGCCUAGUUAUGACGUCACCCUUCAACCCUCGCCUACCUUCCAAGUUAUUGAUUUUCACCCUUGCUUUCCUUUGGUCGUACACAAGCGCCACCCAAGGGUUAUAAAAGUAGUUUGCACUUUGCUAGUGGAUGCUGAUGAGUACGAGUCUAAAAGUGGGACAAUUUCUUGACGAUGUGAUACUCGUAUGACAGUUCGAGUCUAUUUAAAUUGUUGCUACAACAUAACAGUUUCAAUCAUGUCUUCAGUUAAAGUGGCUGUCCGUGUUCGGCCAUUUAAUAAUCGUGAAAUAUCCAGAGACUGUAAAUGUAUUAUAGAAAUGGCCGGCUAUACUACAUCCAUUUCUAAUCCAAAAGUUCCAGCCAAUAUUAAGGAUGCUACAAAAAGUUUUAACUUUGACUACUCUUACUGGUCCCAAAAUCCUUCUGAUCCAAGCUUUGCAUCUCAAACAAUGGUUUAUAGAGAUAUUGGUGAAGAAAUGUUGCAACAUGCGUUUGAAGGGUAUAAUGUAUGCAUAUUUGCCUAUGGGCAAACGGGUGCUGGAAAGUCAUAUACCAUGAUGGGCCGUCAAGAAGAGGAAGGUCAGGAAGGCAUUAUUCCACUAAUUUGUAAAGAUUUAUUCCACAGAAUUAGUUCAACCACUAGUGAUGAAUUGCAAUACUCUGUUGAGGUCAGCUACAUGGAAAUAUAUUGUGAAAGAGUUCGUGAUUUAUUAAAUCCUAAAAACAAGGGUAACCUACGAGUUCGUGAACAUCCUUUAUUAGGACCGUAUGUUGAAGAUUUAUCUAAGCUUGCUGUUACCACUUACCAAAAUAUACAUGAUCUUAUUGAUGAAGGCAAUAAAGCUAGGACGGUUGCUGCAACUAACAUGAAUGAAACAUCAAGCCGAUCGCAUGCAGUAUUUACUAUAUUUUUUACACAAAAACGGCUCGAUGAUAUGACACAACUAACUACAGAAAAAGUCAGUAAAAUAUCGUUGGUUGACUUGGCUGGUUCAGAGCGAGCAGACUCAACUGGUGCUAAAGGAACUAGACUCAAAGAAGGAGCAAACAUAAAUAAAAGUUUAACCACUUUAGGAAAAGUUAUAUCUGGCUUAGCUGAAAUGGCCUCAAAAAAGAAAAAAAAAGCAGAUUUUAUUCCUUAUCGGGACUCUGUGUUGACAUGGCUUUUACGAGAAAAUCUUGGUGGAAAUUCUAAAACUGCUAUGAUUGCUGCUAUAAGUCCUGCAGAUAUUAAUUAUGAUGAAACUCUAUCAACUCUAAGAUAUGCAGAUCGAGCUAAACAAAUUGUUUGUAAAGCUAUUGUUAAUGAAGAUGCUAAUGCCAAACUCAUUCGGGAACUUAAAGAAGAAAUACAGAGACUUCGUGAUUUAUUGAAAGCAGAAGGAAUUGAAGUACAAGAAGAUGGUAAAGUGGUUUAUGAGAAACAUAAAGAAAAUAGUGAUGAUGGAAUGAAGAUGUUAAAAAAUGGAGAUGAAAAACCAAACAUUCCUUCAUCAAUGAUUGCUGAAGAAGCUGUUGAUCAGCUUCAAGCUAGUGAAAAACUAAUUGCUGAACUGAAUGAAACUUGGGAAGAGAAAUUAAAACGAACAGAAGAAAUAAGAAUUCAAAGAGAAGCUGUAUUUGCUGAAAUGGGAGUUGCUGUUAAAGAAGAUGGAGAUACUGUAGGAGUAUUUUCACCACAAAAGACACCACAUUUGGUAAACCUAAACGAAGAUCCAUCUAUGUCAGAAUGUUUAAUAUAUUACAUCAAAUCGGGAGUAACACGUGUAGGAUCUGCUGAAUCUAAAGUUACUCAGGACAUAAGGCUUUGUGGUUCAUACAUACACCGAGAACACUGUAGAUUUGAAAAUAAUAAUGGGAUUGUUACAUUAACACCUAUGAAAGGCGCACUGUGUUAUGUAAAUGGACGAGAGCUCACUGAGUCCAUUGUAUUAAAAACUGGUUCUAGAGUAAUUUUGGGAAAGAACCAUGUUUUCCGGUUCAAUCAUCCUGAACAAGCUCGAGAGCGGAGAGAUCAUAAAACUAGACCAGAGCCCUCAGUAGAAAACAUUAAAGAAAUAACAACUAAACCAGAAAAAAUGUCAACUGCUGAAACUCCAAUUGGUAAUGAAAAUGUAGAUUGGAAUUUUGCACAAAUUGAGUUAUUAGAAAAACAAGGUAUUGACCUUAAACAAGACAUGCAGCAAAAAUUAAAUGCUCUCGAAGAACAAUUUAGAAAAGAUAAAGAGACAGCAGAUCAGAUAUUUGAAGAACAGCGAAAAAAUUAUGAAGCUAGAAUAGAUGCUCUUCAAAAGCAGGUCGAAGAACAGAGUAUGACCAUGUCAAUGUACAGCUCUUACACUCCAGAUGACUUUGUACAAGAAGAUAUCUUUGUAAAUCCAUUAUUUGAUGCGGAGUGUAAUUGGACAGAUAAAGAAUACCAAUUAGCUUUAACAACGUGCCGCAAAUGGAAGUACCAUCAAUUUACAUCCUUGAGAGACGAUUUGUGGGGAAAUGCUAUAUUUUUAAAAGAGGCCAAUGCUAUAUCCGUGGAACUUAAAAAAAAGGUACAAUUUCAGUUUACCUUAUUGACUGAAACACUGUAUUCUCCAUUGCCUGUAGACUUCGUAACUGAAGAUGAUGAUGUAGAUCGGCCUUAUCCACGUACAUAUGUUGCUGUUGAAGUGUUGGACACCAAAAAUGGAGCCACACACUACUGGACGUUAAAAAAAUUGAGAACUAGACUGGAUUUAAUGCAACAAAUAUAUAAUGGCAAUAUUGAAAGUCCUCAAAACUCGCCUUGCAAUAUCAAGGAUGAUUUUUUCCAAUGUCUAAUAGCCUGCUCUCCUCACAAGUCUUUCUCCUAUUUAAUACCCUCAAGACAAAGAUUGGAACUAAUGCGUGAAAUGUAUCAAAACGAAGCUGAAACAUCACCGACAUCACCAGACUUUAACAUUGAAGCAAUCACAGGUGGCGAUCCAUUUUAUGACCGUUUUCCAUGGUUUAGGCUUAUUGGUCGAGCGUUCAUAUAUUUAAGUAACUUAAUGUAUCCUGUCCCACUAAUACACAAAGUAGCUGUGGUAAAUGAAAAAGGAGAUGUUAAAGGAUAUUUACGUGUUGCAAUUCAAGCGGUUUCUGAAGAUGAAGCAAAUGAUAAUUCGUGUGGAGUUCGACAAUUUGCAAAAAUUUCUUUUAACGAUAAAGACUUAUUAGGUCGUUACCCAGCCAAGAAAAAUACUGAAGUAGUUGAAAGGAUUGUUGUCGGGAAAUGUAGUAUAAAAGAAGAAGAAGUAGAAGCUGAUGGAGACAGUGGUCAUGGAGACAGCUCCGUGUCUUCUGAUAUAAAAGAUGAAGAACUUCCCAGUCACUUAUUAACCAAUAAAGAAUUUACCUUCAGAGUUACCUUAUUGCAGGCUGUUGGCGUUCCAAAUGAAUAUGCUGAUAUUUUUUGUCAGUUCAAUUUUUUACACAGACAUGAUGAUGCAUUUUCAACUGAGCCAGUAAAAAAUUGUGGAAAAGGAACUCCAGUGGGAUUCUAUCAUGUUCAAAACAUAACAGUUCCUGUGUCAAAAUCAUUUAUUGAAUACAUUAAAACACAACCUAUUGUGUUUGAAGUUUUUGGUCAUUAUCAGAAGCAUCCUCUUCAUAAUGACGCCAAACAAGACAGUACUUUCGUCAGACAACCUCCUAGACGAAUGUUACCACCAUCCAUUCCAAUUAGUUUGCCAGUGCGUUCUCCUAAAUUUGGAGCAUUACCUUCACUAUGUACAUCGCAUGUACAUGCCAAGUAUGAUUUACUGGUUUGGUUCGAAAUAUGUGAACUUGGACCUGAUGGGGACUAUGUACCUUGUGUGGUUGAUCAUAGCGAAGAAUUACCAUGCCGCGGUCUUUUUAUGCUCCACCAAGGCUUACAACGACGCAUUCGUAUAACUAUCGUACAUGAAACUGCCCCUGAAUUAUGCUGGAAAGAAAUACGUGAACUAGUCGUAGGUCGUAUUCGUAACAUACCUCAAUCUGAAGAUGACGACACAGAUAACUCGGUUCUUUCAUUGGGUUUAUUUCCUGGAGAGUAUCUUGAACUGCCCGGUGAAGACCGUUGCAUGUUCCGUUUUGAAGCCGCUUGGGACAGUUCAUUGCACAAUUCAGUACUACUCAAUAGAAUAUCUACUGGAGGAGAACACAUUUUUAUGACUAUAUCAGCUUAUCUAGAGCUCGAGAACUGUGGUUGUCCGGCUAUCAUUACUAAAGAUUUAAGUAUGGUUAUCUAUGGUAGAGAUGCCCGUACAGGCCCUAGAUCUUUAAAACACUUAUUUAGCAGUACCUACAAAAAUUAUGAAGCACAUCGGCUGUCUGGAAUUUAUGAACUUGUACUGAAAAGAGCUUCAGAAGCAGGUAGUCCAGGUGUUCAAAGACGACAAAGACGUGUUUUGGACACAAGUUCUACUUAUGUGCGAGGUGAAGAAAAUCUUGAAGGCUGGAAACCCCGUGGAGAUAGCUUGAUAUUUGAUCACCAAUGGGAAUUAGAAAAACUAACAAGGCUUGAAGAAGUUGGACGUACUAGACACAUGAUUCUUCUUAGAGAACGCAUUGGUCUUGACAAAGUUCCUAUUACAAAAUCAGAAAAGGAAGUUUGUAAUAUAAUGGCUAAAGCUUCGAGUUCAGCUAAAGAAAUAAUGAGACCACCUAGUCCCGUGACAAUGCGUAAUGUUGAUCCUAGUGUUUAUGAGCCUUGGCAAAUGACUGAAAGAGAGCGAUAUUUAGCAACCAAAUGUAUCAAGUUAAUUCAAGGAAAACUUCCAUCUAAGGAAAGUUCUCAACCCUCUUACAUUGAUGUUCUUAGUCCAACUGAUGAAAAAAUGAUCAACUCGUAUAUUAGUCGUUCGUCUAGCAAUAUUACAAUUUCAAAUCAUGAAUUAUUCUCUCCUGAUCGCAGUUUGCAACAAAGUUCAAUUAUUGGGGAUUUAACUUAUUUUAAUCAAGAUACUAUGAAUUUGUCCCAAGUAUUGUCAUCUGAACCACAACUUGUGCUAUAUGUACCAGAAGUUGAAGAAAUACGAAUCAGUCCAGUGAUCUCCAGAAAAGGUUAUUUAAACAUAUUGGAACACAAAACAAAUGGCUGGAAAAAGCGAUGGGUGACUGUAAGACGACCUUAUGUAUUCAUAUUCAGAGAUGAAAAAGACCCUGUUGAAAGGGCUUUAAUAAACUUAACCACCGCUCAAGUCGAAUACUCAGAAGACCAAUUAGCCAUGGUUAAAGUACCAAAUUCAUUCAGCGUGGUUACAAAACAUAGAGGAUAUCUAAUGCAGACUCUUUUGGACAAAGAAGUUUAUGAAUGGCUUUACGCUAUCAACCCUCUUUUAGCUGGUCAAAUUCGAUCAAAAACUUCUCGUCAAGUUAUGCCAAAUGGACAAAUUCAAAAACCUGCAUUUGUGUCUAAUCCAAUGGACACACACCAAUAAAUAAUUUAUAGAAUGUUUAUAAUUAAAAAUUAGUUAUGUAUAUUAUAUAAAUAAUGAUAUAUUUCAUUAUAAUUGUUAAUUAUAUUAUAUUUCAUUGAAAACAAUCGAGAGCACUAUAUAACAUUUUGCUAUGUACUGUUAACCAAAAUUUAGCUAUGAGCCAUUAAGAUAUAACGCUUUACUUGUAUGCUGCCAUAAUACAUUUAAUUGCUUAUAAAGACAAAAUAAAUUUAAUAAUGGUUGUGAACAAAUUGUUUAGUAAUCAUAAGCAGGUUUUGAUCUUUUAUAAUUCAAAUUUGUUAACCAAACAUAUAUAUAUAUAUAAAUAUUACACUACUUAAUUACCUUAUUAAUUAAGCAUUAUAAUGGUGUAUUGAUCAAUCAUUUAUGU